AUGGGACGAAGAACAGACAUUGAUAAUGAUGAUGAUGAACAACAAUCAACUUCAUCAACUUCAUCAUCAUCAACACGAUUAGCACAUGAAUCUCAAGCAAAUAUACAUCAAACUAUCGAUGAAGAUAAAUUAGACAAUGAUCUUUUAAUACAUGAUACAGUAUUACCACAUCGUAAACGAAUACGACGUGAUACAUUACUUUCAAUUCAACAACAACAUUAUGUUCAACCUCAACAAUCAGAAUCAAUGACAACAUGUUGUAAAAUAGAUAAUAAUGAUAAUCAUAAUUGUAUUAAUGAUGAAGUAAGUUUAAUAAAUGCAGCAACAGUACCACAUCAAAAUCAACUAGCAGCAGCUGCUAAUGGUCUUCUAAGUCUUUCAAAUUCAUUAUUGAUUACAAAUGAUGAACACAAUGAAUGUCAUUUAAAUAUUCCAAUGGAUGAUGGAACAACAACAUCAACAACAAAUGGAGAUUUAACAUCAUUAUGUUGUGUUUGUCAAGAUCGUGCAUCGGGUAGACAUUAUGGUGUAUUAUCCUGUGAAGGUUGCAAAGGAUUUUUUAAACGAAGUAUACGUAAACAAGUAUUAUAUACAUGUUUAAGUACAAAAGAUUGUCCAAUAAAUAAAUUUAUGCGAAAUCGUUGUCAAUAUUGUCGAUUACAAAAAUGUCUUCAAGUGGGAAUGCGUGUUGAAGCCGUUCAAAAUGAACGACGACCUUAUUCAAGUAAACAUGAUUUAAUGACACAUGGAAAUACGAAUCAAAUACGAAAACAAAAUGAAACGAAUUUAUUAAAUUCAUCUUCAAAUGAUAUACAAUGUUUUCUAAAUAAUAAUAAUAAUAAUAAUAAUAGAAAUGAUACAAUACGAAUAAUUAAUGAAAAUAAAACUCUUCAUAGUAUUCUUACAUCAACAUCACGAGUUCAAACACCAACAACACCUGCUUUUCUUUCUCCCCCAUCAUCAUCAUCUUCAUCAUCAUUAAGUACAACAACAACUAGUCUACAUAUUGAUUGUAAUAUUAAAACUGAAACAACAAAUAAUCAUAAUACAGCAGCUAUUACAAAAGCUUUUGAUAAUUUAGCUAAAGCUGCAGCACAGUCUCGAGCAAAUACGAAUAAUGAAGCAUUAACACUUAUGCAACAACAAUAUCUUCUCAAUGAAAAACAUUAUUGGGGACAAGUCGAACGUCCAAUAAUGACUAGUGAAACAAGUAUAUUUACUAUAACACCACCAACUCCUCCGACAAAUCGUGAUAUACAACCAUCGAAUAGUUUUAUUUGUGAAUCAGCAUCACGUAUACUUUUUCAAUCAAUUGAUUGGAUUAAAAGUAAUUCAUGUUUUCAAACAUUAGAUACAAAUAUACAAAUAAUUCUUAUACAAAAUAAUUGGUUAUCAUUAUUUAUUCUUAGUCUUCUUCAAUGUUCAUCAAUUGUUAAUUUAUCAAAUAUUUUAUCAACAUUAUUAUCUAAAAAAUUCGAUAAUCUUGAUUUAAAUAAAUAUCAUCAAUUACGACGUAUACAAUCACUUCUAUAUGAAUUCGAUCGUUUACAUGUAACACCAAUGGAAUAUGCUUAUUUGAAAUUAAUUUCAAUUUUUAAUCCAAAUAAUAAUAUUGAAUGUAUUCGAAUAUAUGAUCAAAUUGAUGCAUAUCGUAUAUUAACAUAUAAAGAAUUACAUGAUUAUUUAAAUGAUCGAUUAGUAAUAACAUCAUAUGAUGAAUGUCGAUUAGGUCGACUAAUACUUAAAUUAUCUUCAUUACCUGAAUUUGAUACAAAUAUUAUUGAAGAAAUAUUCUUUGUUGGUUUAAUUGGUUCAGUACAAAUCCAUAAAAUCAUUCCAUGUAUUCUUAAAAUGAAUGUUGUAUCAUCAUCAGCAUCAUCAUCAUCACCAUCAUCACCACCAUCACCAAUGAUUAAAUGUGAAAAAACUGACCAACAAUCACUUGUCUCGUCAUCAUUGUAG